ACUAUAAAUCAAAAGUAUAGUUUUUCAAGAGAAAUGUCUUCACCCUGAUGAACGCAUUCAUCAACGUUUAAAAUCCUCUUUCUUUUAAAUCAAGCAAAUAUCUAUUUAUGGAAAAGAGAAGAGAGAAUGCUGGAUGGACUCCAGUGCCACAGUUCGGAGGGUGGGACCAAAAAGGAAUAGACGCAACAGACUACUCGGUUGUGUUUACUAAAGCUCGCGCUAACAGGAAGCUGAACAAAGCUGAUGUCUCACAUUCUUUGGGAAGCGAACAAGAACUCAUGGCAAGUGCUCGUCGUCACCACUACCAGCAACAUCUUAACAAUCGCCGCGAAACUCAAGAUGAUGACCCUGUCAUGAAGAAGAAGAGGAUCUUGACCUACAUCAAUUGUUGCAUCAGACCAAACUAGGGCCUUUGUUCCACAAAGUUGCAAUUGUAAAGACAUCAGUGUUCUUGUAAUCUAUCUGCCUCAUCUGUAAAGAUACUCAUGGUUGGUGUAUACAUUUGGGUUGUGCCUUCACGUCCGAUAUGAGAGUAAGAUAACAUGAAUCAAAUUUCUGUCAGAUCCCACAUAUUAAUUAUCAAUUACGAGCCAUGUUUGCAAUGUCGCCGUGAACGUUCGAAGUAUAGAUGAGUGAGUAUAAAGACGAAGUUACAUGUAAUUGUGAAUGUGAGAGAUAUCUUCCUACACACACUUGGUCGAGUGUUUUACACUGUACUUGAGUGUGUUUCUUAACAGCAAUGGUAAAGGAAC